GCAGUACAAUUGCAUCUUGCUGUUGGAUACUUUCAUUGGGGAGGGGAUUGAUUGGUCAAUCCCGUUGGUACUGAUUCGUAUCCGGAUUCACUAUCUUAUACGUUGGCAACAAAAUGUUCAGAAAACUGAAAGAUAAAAUUGCUGAGGAAGUUAAACAGUCGCCGCAACGGUUCGAACAGAUAUCGAAAGGAUUGCAGGCUGCCGUUAGCUCUGCAUCCUCAACUACCUCCGAAGUUUCUGGCAGCGAGAACUUUUUUAGCAUUACCGAAGAUGAUACGCCUCAAAAUUCUCCACAAAAGGGAAACUCGAGCACUCCCGUGCAACCAAACAGCAACUUGGCCAACACAUCCGGCAGUAGUUCCGUACCGUCGAACACUAGCCUUAACAAUGGCGUUUCCCCGUCAACGACGGUCACAAGUCCAAGUUCAGUCACCGGUAACAGUUCCGCUGGUUCCACAACCCAACAGCAGCAGCGCACACGCCGUCUGUCAAACUCAUCGAUGGCAAGCGAUGUAUCGUUCCGUCUUCCAGUGUACGACUCACCUGCAAUCUAUCAUCUCGAAACGGAUGUGGACAUAUCGGCGAGUGAGACGGAAUCGGUGUCCGGAAGCGCUAACGCCAACCAACUGGAUCUUGUGAGCAAGGACAAGUUGUUCCAGGCAUACAAAAAGGCACUGGAUCGAUACCAAAAGUAUCGGGAACGAUACACUGAACUGGCACGUCGCUACCGUGAGCUCGAAAAAGAUAACACCAAGGCCCGAGCGGUGCUGGUCGAAACACAAGAUAAAGCUCUGCGCCGGAUGAGUGAAUUGCGGGAACAAUGUGUACUAGAGCAACAGGCCAAAGCGCAUCUCGAUUCCGCACUAAGGAUGGAAAUCGAUGAACUCCAGUGUGUGGUGAAGACACUCCGUUCGAAGCUGGAACUGGUCGGUGAGAAUGGAAACAUUAGUGGUGGAGAAAAAGAUCUCAUCUCGCUAUCCGGUGAAGACGGUGCCAAUGGAAACGAUGGACAAAUGUCAGUGCGCGACACUGGUCCACUGGAGGACCGAAUAAAGGCACUAGAAUCCAAGCUCAACGACGAGCUGCGUCAGAAGGCUGUGCUGAGCCUGGAGGUGAGUGAGCUGAAGAAACGGGAAGAGGAGCAUACGAUCACAAUAGCGGAAAAUAAGAUGGCAAUCCAUUCCGAGCUGGAAGCGAAGGAGGCGGAAGUGCGAAAGCUUAAGGAACAGUUGGCAAGCUUGGAGAAAAACAUGAAGCAAACGUUGCUCGAAAAGGAUGGGCUGGGAAAGGAACUGUCCGAAGUGCGUAAGGUUGCGGGUAAGGUGAAAGAGCUCGAAAGUACGCUCAGUACUUGUAACGAUCAGAAGAACAAACUUGAAUCAAAGUUUAUCGAUUUUGAACGUACGAUUAUGGAACUGGAGAAAGACAAACAGCAGCUGAAAGCAACCAACCUAACACUGGACUACGAAAAGGGUGAGCUCCAGAAGAAGGGUACAGAAUUCGAGGCAAAGUUAUCGACGCUGGAAAAAGAAAAGGAUGGUUUAUUGGUGCAAGUGCAAGAGCUGCAAAAAACAGCCCAAUCACUCGACAGGAAGGCUGAAAUUGACCAGCUAAUGCAGGAGUUGGAAGAAGCCAAAACACGUGAAACAGAAUCAACUGUAAAAGCUGCUGCAGUCGAAAAGCGGUUAAACGAAAAGGAAAACGAACUAACCGAAGCUCAAUCAUCCCAGGAGUCGCUGGAGCGACAGGUGAAACAUACCGAGGAACGUUUGGCCGAACGAGAAAAGGAAAUCGAACGGUUACAAACGCAGCAAACCGAGCAAAACAGUAAGGAGCGUGAGGAAAGUGUGAAAAAACUACAAAAAGCGGAAGAAGAACUGUCUGCGUUCCGCAAAACUCAGUCCAUCGAUCAGGAGAAGUUACUCGAGUUGACGAAAGCAUUAGAUGCUGCGAAAGAACUUCACGAUCGUGAUCGUAAAAGUAACGAAACCAGUCUAAAAGAGUUGGUCGAGCGCAAUAAUGAACUGGCCGAACAGUUGGAGCAGUUACAGGAGAAGCUGGAGAAGAUGAACACCAAACAGAAGAAGCUGGCGGAGGAAAAGAAUGGAUUGCGAGCGACCAAUGAUGAUAUGUCGAAGGAAUUGAAGCAGGUGCGCCAGGAGCUAAAGCAACUCACCUCCCAAAAGCAAACGCUUACCGAAGAAGUGCGCAAUUUGAAAAUAAUCAAUGAAAAUUCUGAAUCGGAAGCACUGCGUUCACUGCAAGAGUCGAUGCGUGCUUCUAUGGCGGCGGCCGACACAAAGCUGCUCGAAACGACGCGCGACUUAAACCACGUUCUCGAGCUAAAGUCGGACGAAAACCGAAGACUCGGCGAUGAGCGGGACGAGCUGGUGGAAAAACUCGAGACAGUUCACAAAGAGAAAGCGGAUCUUGAGACGGAAGGUACCAAUUUGCGGUCUAAAAUUGAAACCAUCCGGGGGGAGAAGCGUGAUCUAGAGAAAACGCUUGAGCGUGAAAUUCGGGAGAAAACGGAACUGAAGGCACAGGUCGAAAAUAUCUUGCAGGAGAUUGGUCGCCUGGAGGAGCAAUUAAAGGACAUCAAGGAGGCACAUUCCAAACUGCAGGAGGAAAAGCAGACGCUGGAAGAGAAGAUCGAACGGUUGCAGCGGGAACACUGUGAAGCACGGGUGAAGCUAGAGAAGGAUACGCUUGGCAAGCUGCAAACGAAGGUGAAGGACCACGAGACAAAGCUCCAGCAAGUGGAGUGUGAAAAUUCACAGCUGGCAGAGAAAAAUUGCUUGCUCGAGGAAAGUAGUCGCCGGACGGGCGAAGAGCUUAAAAAGCUCACUGCGGCAUUGCGCGAAACGGAAGGGCGCGCUCAGGAGGAAAAAGAAAAAAGUGGCCGGCUCGAGGAACAGCUCAGCCAGUGCACCGGUGAUCAUGCACGGCUGUUCAACGAAAAGGAACUGCUUGACCAUCAGCAUCGUUCACUGCAGGAUGCACUGGAAGCGCGGGAAAAGGAGAAACUGUGCGUGCUCGAUACGAACAAAUGUCUCGAGGAGGAACUGACGAAGGUGCGCAGCGAGAACGACUACCUCAAGGGGAAGCACAACGAGCUGAAGGCGCUGCUGGAGAGUGACAAACGAAGACUGAUGGAUCAGAACGAUGCGCUGCAGCGACAAAUGGAGGAGCUAGCCAAGGAAAAACAGUCACUCGGUCGGAACGCCACCGAUCUCGAGAAACGGUUGGCAAGCUACGAGGAGGUAAAGAUCGAGAACGAAUAUCUAAACACUUUCAACAAACAGCUGCAGGGUGAACUGCAGGAAGCAAAGGGACGUACGGCAGCGAAGGAAAGCGAACUGGCUACAGUGCGCACGAAGCAAUCCCAAACGGAAACGAUGCUGGAAGAGCGCGAUCAGGAAAUUACGAAGCUUAUCAAUGAGUUUGUGGCGAAGGAAAAGAAGCAAGAGGCCGACCAGCAACAGCGGCUGCAAGAGUUGGAACAACGACACCGAACGGAGCUAGAUGCUGCAACGGAACGGACACGAGAAGAGUGUGGCAAAAGCUUUGCCGACGAACGGAAAACACUGAAGGACGAACAAACCGCUAUCGAGCAACAAUUGCAGGAUGCACGCAAGGAAAAGGACACACUGGCACAAAAGCUGGAAGAGUGGCGUCAAAAAGGGGACGUGGAAAAAGAGCUGCGAUUAGAGAACGCAAACUUUGCGCGCGAUCUCGACGAGCUGAAAAACGAACUGAACGCAGCGAUCGUAGAAAAGCUCGGGCAGGUGAAGGAACACGAACAAACUCAACAGGUGCUGCUCGGCGAAAAGGAGCGUCUUGCAGCUGACAACGAGCAGUUGCGCACCCGGUUGGCAGAAUUUACCACCGAAACGGAGCAAAAUGUUCGACGGUUUGAGGCCGAAAUUGAGCAGCUAAAACGGGACGCCUCUUCAUCCUCGGCAGGAACGACCACUGAGGAGGUAACGGACAGCACGAACACAGCAGUAUCGGCUGAGCUGCAACAGUCUUACGAUGAGUUACGGAAUAAAAAGGAAGAGCUGGAGAAUAAGUUGAAAAAGAUUAUGCACGAGGUACAGGACGUUUCGAAUAGGAAUCUGUUCCUGGAGCAGAAGUGUGAAAACUAUCUUAUCCUAGAACAGUCGAACGAGCGGUUAAAGCUGGCGAACGAUAAACUGUCCCGACAGCUGGAUGAAACACUGGUUUCCAUGCAUCACAAUGAAGGUAUUGCCGCUAAUACCGAGUUCGAGUACUUAAGAAACAUUCUAUUCCAGUACCUCAGUGGAAGUGUAACUGGUAACAACAGCACCCUCGUCAAGGUGAUAGCGGCUGUCCUAAAGUUUUCACCGCAACAAACGCAGGUUGUCAUAGAGAAGGAAGCGCAUCGAAGAUCAUUGAUGGGACAGAUAAACAAUCUACUAUAGCAGGAAAAGACGAUGGCAAUGCAACAGUCACAGAAUCCGCAGUAUCGCAAGGGAGGAUAUGGUUUUCAAUUUUUCUAAAACGCGAUACAUUCAAUUCGUCCGAUUUGUUUUUUUAUCAUAUUGACGGCGUACAGCGUGUUGUCGUGCGACGCAAGAGAUUGUAUUUAUAUAGUUGUUAUCAUAUUGUUCAUUUACAUGGUACCGUUAAGGAGCUACAAGGAUUAACUCCCUCUUGUCUCUACUUUUUGUUGAAGGUUUAGUUACUCAUUUGCAUUCUGUUCUAUUUUCCGUUCCAUUACUGUUCUGUGUUACGUUAGUUGGAACGCUUAAUUUCUCACUAACCUAUUUAGUAACCUCUUGACAUGUUUCUUCUCAGCCCAAUGGUCAAUCAGAAAGAUGUGUGAAUGAAUAGGAAAUUAGAUGCAAAAAAUAAAACAUGAUUACGAAUCAAUGUUCCCCCAACAAUGGAGCUAGCCGUAUGAUAAACGGAGCAGGCUAGAACAGGCUGGCAAAUGUGUUCAUUCGUCCGUACCCCUCAAACGAUCGAUCACUUUUAACACAGGAAAAUUCUCGCAUCAGCCAAUUUACUAUUACGAUACUAUCUUGAAGCAAGUGUUAGUAUUUAGCAUUCGAUGAAGAAGAAAAGAAAAGUAAAACGAUUGGAUAAAACCCAACUCACCAAACUUACCGAACCAACUGUAUGCCUAGCGCGCGUGUAUAGAUCUUUAUCUACCAGGAAUAAUAUAAUCUAGUUAAUUUCUUCAUGGCCAAGCAUAUUCCUAUAAGCUCUGACGGCGUAGCAGUGAUCAAAAUCAGAAAAUGUGUAACAUAGGCAUAUAUGAGGAACGGAAAUAUUUCCUUAAUCAGUUUAUCCUUCAUUCGAACAAUAAUUAUUGUGCAUUUUUUAAUCAAACUAUGGUUGUUUCUAAUAAUUUAACCUUGUUCGUUCCAUUUUGUUCAUUCGUCCCUUCCAGUGGACGGUAAGUGUGAGCAUUUUGUUUGUUAUAGAUACACCUUUGAAUGAUAACUCGUGCAUAUUAUGUUAACGUCUGUUAAUUUAGUUUAUUUUCUUAGUCUGUUUUUGGUGUAAUUUUUGCUCUGUAAUAGAUACAUGUUGAAAUGGAGAGUAAACGAGAGAUAUACGAACAGUCAGCACAGUGAGAAGGAUAUUGACGCCAAAACAAAAUGAAAUCCCAAAAUAGAGAAAGAAACGAUUGUAGCAUAUUUGCUUACUCACAUAUGUUACGUGCUUUUCAAUGGUGCCUCGUUGAGAACCCGCAUGGUGAUACAGUCACAAAAUGUGAAGCUUUUAUGAGGAAAUAAUCCAACACAUAGCCGCAUUGUUCCCGAUACAAAAACACGCAAAGCAACAAAGAGUUUUAGGCGCUCGUAAAAGCUCACCACUAGCGAGACAAGUUAGUGUUGUUAGUGUUAGCAUCGCUUUCAAUUGUACACGGUUCCCACGGUGAGAUAGACAGGAUGGACAAGCUUUGUUUUCCCUGUUAGCCGGAAGCAAUAUACUUGUGAUGCGAGAAGAUUAGAUGAAUGAGGUGUUGAGGGAUAGAAUUUUUUUUUAAUUUUGCCCUCUGCAAAGUGAACGCAUAGAAACGCAUCCAUCCAAUGAAUGCUGACUGGCUCUUAGCAAAUGCUCCCUUCCCACUUUGGGAAGGAUGUUGUUUUUUUUCGGUACCAUUUGUCACUAUUAAUCGUAGUAUCACAUCGGAACACGACAUUACUCAACACAGUAUUCUCUUGUCUAGUUGUAAUGGAAGGAAUGAAUGAGCUUCUCUAAUCUGCUGAAACCCGUCGGUUGUUGACUACCGUUGUAAUUAGUAUGUUAAGAAUUAUAGAAAACAAUUAAACUAUAGCACCACUAAACAAACAAACAGUAAAUAUCCAUACACGCAUUGAAAGGGCGAGAAAAGGGCAAUACCAUACAAUUUAACACAGUAUCACGAACGGGAAACGGUUUCUUCUUCAAGUUUGAACCUUGUUUAGUUGCUAUUGCUAAUAACCAUCAGUAGGUAAACAUUAAAUGAAAGCUCGAUUGAAAGAUUCGCUCAGUACUACCAAAACCAUUUGGUACGUUUGUGACAAAGUGCUGCACUGUAUCUUUAAAGGUGGAAAUUAUAGCUAAAACAAUAUAGAAAGAAAGUUGGUUGAUGGAGAGUAAUGAAA